AUGGCCUCGGCAGCAAAGGCAUGGACUUUCACACAUGAUGGAUAUCCCGCUGGCCUUCACAAAUCGGCUAUUGCAGUACCAUCCAAACCGUCAGCGUCGGAGGUUUACAUUCGCGUCAAGGCGGCAGCGCUCAAUCCAGUAGAUAUCCAGCUCAUGAACCUUCCCAUUUGGAAGUAUCUUCCAAGCUUCGUUGUUCCUCUCGAGAAAGGUGUAGCUGAGGACUUCUCUGGCGUUGUGGAACUUGCUGGUCAGGAAAGCGGGUUUAAGUCUGGCGAUGAGGUAUACGGGAUCACUUUCACGCUUACGAGCGGCACCCUCCAAGAGCUUACAGUCGUGGACACAAAAUCGAGCGUUAUCGUGAAGAAGCCAUAUGACAUGAGCUGGGAACAAGCCGCCGCGCUCCCUCUGGUGUGGCUAACAGCACGCACGACGAUCGCCAACGUCGAGCCUUAUGUCAAAAGCACUCAGCGAUUAGUUGUUCUAGGUGGCAGCUCAGGGGUCGGCAUGUAUGUGCUUUACGUCGCCUGUGAGCGAGGAUGGGAAGUCCUGACCACAUGCUCUUCUCGCAAUAUCGAUUUCGUAAAGUCCAUGGGGGCAAAACAUGUUGUCGACUACAACACGGGCGAUGUGCCACACGCCGUGCGAGAAUACAACCCAGCAGCGAUCAUCGAUUGUGUUGGUGGAACAUCCUGCGUAGGCCUCGCUGAGAAAUAUGUUACCAUCAUGACCAUGAGAACUUUGGCCGGUAAGCUAGGUCUGGGUCAGAGCUAUGAAUGCGUCAAUCUGGCAUUUCGCAAGGAUUGGUUGGAGGAGACUCUAGAUCUUGAUCGCAGCAAGAUCAUCAUCGAUAGCAAGUGGGAAUUCGAUCAGGCGAAGGAUGCGUUUGCGAAGCUGAAUACUGGACGGGCCAGAGGAAAAGUGGUAGUCAUGAUCAAUUGA